AAAACCAUAAGACUUGUCUAUCUGUCAAAAUCGUUGCCAUGGUUACCAAACCACAAACAGUGUUGUAUAAUGUAAAAUGGCUAUUAAUAAUUGUUUAAGGGAAAUAGUAUUGAAUUUACCUGAGAAUAUUAUACGGUCUAAUGGCAGAAUUUCAUUUUUUUGGCCAGAUUACAAGUGCUAGUAAUUUUAGUGAAACCCAUUCUUUGUUUUGUCGUUAUUCGUUACAAGCCGGGCCAAACUGGACUCUUGUAUCUGGAUUUUCCGAGGGGCAAACUGCUUGCGGGAAAGCCGAUUACAAAAAACGUGUAAUUUGGGCCCAACAUAUUGAUUUACAUUAUGUAAGCAGAGGAAUGCAAGGUUGGCCUAAGUUAAUUGUGCAAGUGAGUUGUCUUGAUGAAAUAGGACGUUCCUGGGUAGUUGGUUAUGGUUCUUCUAGUAUCCCAGCUGUUCCUGGAUUCCAUAGUAUAGAAAUUCCAUGUUGGGUUCCUGCUGCUACUACUAUCACUGAUAAGUUGAGACAGGAUUUUAUUGGGGGCUCUAAUCAGUUGACAGACACAGAUAUUAUUUACUUAGGAAGUGAUAGGUCUAAACUGAAUACUCAGUCAAAAGGAACUGUAAACUUAGAUAUUUAUGUACUUUUAAGAAAUUUUGCAAAAUUUGGUGUUGAAUAUAAAUGA